AUGGUCACUUCUCGUGGAAAACAGAGAUCCUUGGUUAGUCCACAUCCUUUCUCAGAAUCAUUUUCCCUUAUAGACUAUUAUAGUUCAGCAUGUGUGUUCUCUGCCCAAUUUCUGCCGCGGCGGCCGGCGUCACUCGUCAUUUUCCCGCAUCUUCGGGUCAUCCGAUGGCGUGAUUGUGUGUUACGAGAGUCCGCCAGCUGACGCCAACAGUCAUUUUUCGCGAAAGACCACCCGAACACGAGAGCGGAGCGUCCAUUGAUCAUAGUGUCGAAAUGUGUUGACUGGUGGAGUGAUGCUUGUUGCCUACGUCUUUAAUUGUUAUUUGUAGCAUGAUCAGCGUGUGAUUGUGUUCGGGUUUCCUUGUGAAAAUUGGAAAGUUAGCACAAAGAUUUCAAAAUUUCUUUUGGCCAACCCGUAUUCAACCGAAGACCACCGCCGCACCCACUGAUUUCCGCGUGUUCUUCCUUCAUCAAUCACUUCAAGUUUCUUCGGAACCGGCCCACAUUGCCCAUUUUUCGUCUUGCCAUCAUUUGCCCUUCUAUUCUGGAGCCUCCUAAACUACACGUGUCUUGCACACUCGUUAUCAGUCAGUUCGCGAAGUAUUCUCGACCGCUUUGUUGAUAAUUUGUAGCCUCCAUUCUAACCAUUCUUCGUUUAUCGGCCAUCUUGCUGUGCGAUAGUCAUCCCCACCCAAUCCUUCGUUUAUUUUCCGAACCGCCCACUUAUUUUUUGCAUUCGUUCGUUUUUUUUCAUUUCAACAAUUUGUGUCUUUUUGCAGAAAAGUCACACAAAAAUGACUAUGGUGAACAGUCGGCCCGAGCUAAUGAACCUGUCGUUCUCGGGCUGCGGAUUCCUGUGCGUCUACCACGCCGGUGUCGCAGCAGCCAUCAAGGAGUACGCGCCACAGAUGCUGCAGAACAAGAUCCUGGGCGCGUCGGCCGGAUCCAUCGUCGCGUGCGGACUCAUCACAAACGUCUGCAUAUCCCACGCGACCAGCACCAUCCUGAAGGUGGUCAGCCAAGCUCGAGUCCACCUCUCCGGACCGUUGCAUCCGGAGUUCAACUUGAUGGGAAUCGUACGCGAAGAGCUCGAACGGAUAUUGCCUAAGGAUGCAUACAUCAUGUAAGUCGUCGCUCAAUUUGAAAACAAAAAUACUUUUUAACAAUCGAAUUUGAUGUUUGCCUUUAUUGCCCAUUUCCAAUUUCCAACUGUUCAAUGUUUGGAAGUCAUUGCAAGGAAAUAGGGUCAUUAGCCAAAGGCCUUGUAGCAUUGUACUCGGCCUACUGUUCGAUGUUCUCCGUUUCUGUUUACAAUAUUGUCUAAUUUUCAGGUGCACCGAUCGUCUCAUAAUCUCGCUGACCCGAUGGUCAGACCACGAGAACGUCGUCAUCGACACCUACCACUCGAACACUGAACUCAUAGACGCGAUCAUGUGCUCCUGUUUCAUUCCGUUCUACUGUGGAUUGGUUCCGCCGAAGUUCCGCGGAGUGGCCUACGUUGAUGGUGGCAUAUCCGACAACCAGCCGAUUUAUGACGAGCAUACGGUUACGGUCUCCCCGUUCUCCGGAGAAUCGGACAUUUGCCCGCCCGACUGGGACAGUGGCAGUUUGCUCGGAUUGGACUUUAAUGGAACUUCCAUCCGAUUCACCGCCCGCAAUAUGUUCCGAUUGAUGGCUUGUCUUUGGCCAAGAUCGACAGAGGAUCUUUCGAAAAUGUGUCUUCAGGGAUUCGGAGACGCCCUCCGUUUCCUUACAAAGAAUGGUGAGUUCACGGAGUGAACGAGGAGGGGAUUAACCUUUUCAUAUUCAGGAAUGUCUCCUUGUAUACGUUGCCUGACUAUCCAGACCGUUGACGGCAGUGCGAACGCGGGCCGCGUUUCUUCUGAAUGCUUUUCUGAAAUGGAAGAGAUAAAGAAAACACUGGCUCCUAUUGGAUCAGGAAAUAGAAUCAGAAAAAGAAACAGUACAAGUGCACUGACUAGGUAUUAUUUCCGAUUGGGUAAACCCCGAAUAACCUUUUCUUCCGCUAACAGCUUCCGAGCACGUGGCGAGUCGGAAUGUGGGACGUGCGGAGACAGUGAUAUUCCUUUCGAGGAGGUCAAUUUGCACAGUUUCUUCCCGAGCAUCAUGAAAAAGCGUAAGUUGAUCCGAUCUAGCAUUCAACUUGAAACCCACUUUCUUUUCAGCGUUCGAAGACGCAGUUGCCGCCGAGAAGUCUAUUUUCCAGUACUUUUUCUCGUUCGGAAUUGUCCGUUGGGCGACCACCGCCAUGGGCUUCUCUAAAUUGCCGCUCGAUAUGGCUCUGUCCUUCGUGAAAAAGUUGGUGUUCUCGCCUUCCGAUCGCGCGCUUAUCUUUGCAUUAUUUGGCAGAGUCCAUCGUUACUUUGAUUUGGUGAGCGUCCCUCGGUGGAUCAUCCUCAAAUUCAGUGCUCUUGCUGAGUUGAUACUCGGUGAAGUCGAGAAACAAAAGUCGAGAUAUACGAAGUAAGUUACGCGUGAUUUGUGUUGUGUUCAACUAACCAUUUUCAGUUUCUCGUGCCUCGUGGCUGUCACCGAAACCGAUAAAUAUGGAUCUGCCCUCGCAUCAUCCACAAUGGAAAAGGAGGAACUGAAGGAGGUCGAGAUGAGCGACGACGCCAAAACAGAAAUGCGACUGCUCCGAGAGAGAGAUCGUCGUCGCAGAGUGCUCAGGAAGGCCGGGAGGAUCACGCCGAACAACUCGGAGAGCUCUCUCCCUGCCGAUCCAUUAGAUGUCGAUUCUUUCGAGCAUGUAGUCGAUUUCACUCGUAACCACGAGGCUCUUUACGAAUUCCAUUAUCUGGACGAAAACAAGAUGAUGCGCACUUUCGGUCUUUUCGCCGAUCACCACGGAAAUCACCCUCCCCAUCUUCACCACCAUUCGCUGAGCGUUGGCGCUCCCUCGCGACUCGUUCACGUUCCAGAAGAAGACGAGGAAUCCGUGUGCCCAUCGAUUCAAUCGGCUCCAGUCACUUUUACUGGAGGACACGAAUGUCCCGAUGUGGAAUCGGACAAGGACUCUGGUCUGUCUGGAAUAGACAGGAGAGGACUUGAUAAUCAGCCGACUACAAGGUUUGUGAGUUGCUCACUUCAAUUGGUUUACACGAGUCUUACCUUUUAAUUUUCAGUAAACGCGACGCAUGCUGCUCACCAGUUCGUGAUUUCGAAGAGCAAGUUCCAGCAGACACGGUUCCACGUCGUACGGAAAAGGGGCGUGGCAGUCAGAGAAGAUAUGCGGCGGAGAACAUCGCCAGGUACACGAGAUAGACCGCUUCGCCUCCUUGCUCAGCGCCAGUUAUUGCAGGAAGGCGAAGAAAUCGUCGUCGUCGGUGGCGGCUGCGGUGUCGUCGGAUUCCGAAGGAGUAGACGGAACCGAAAAGCUGUUUGUGCCAUCUCGCAAAGCGUGGCGAGCUAGCAGCGAAUUCGACAACAAGGACUCUGCCGCAUCCACGUCAUCUCAGAAGCAACUGAGCGACACGACGACCCCAUGA